AAGCUGCCAAAAAAUUUGGAUAUGGAAUUUUGUAAUACAGAGGAAUGUGAAAUCCAAAGGCGAAGUCAAACAAUGAAGCGAAGAGUUAGUUUUUCUGACACUUUUCAAGUUGUGGAACUGCAUACAGGAAAUAUAUAUGAUGUACCUGGAAUCAAUGAUGAUUCCAACUGUCAAAUCCUCUUGCAACAAGAACAUGGUCAAAAUGCAGAUGUGAAUGCAUCAAAUAAAGCAGAUCAAAGCAAAUCUCUUAAUGUAUCUAGGAAACAUAAAAUGGAAGAUACUGAUGAGCCUAUUGCAAAGAAGAAAACAAACUUAUUUUUAUCUUCCACUGGAUCUAAAAAUACUAAAAAGACCUUAAAUUUUCGUAGAAAGAAAAAGAACAUAUCAGACAGUGAUGAAAAAGAAAAUAUUAUACCUGAGAUCUUUGAAGUAAAAGAAAGUGAUGAUAUGGAACUGACAAUAUUUCCAUGCAGUUCUGAUGUAAAUACAACCUUUUUGGAUGAUGACAUGGUUUUUCAAGAUGAAAAGAAUGUACUUUCUGAUGUUACUGAUAAAACUUGCCACUUUGUUUCAGAAGUUAUGGAACUGACAUGUAAUUCUGAAUAUCCAUUAAAGCAAACUUAUUCAGAUACUUUUGAAGCUGUUCCUGGAAAAAAUGAAAAGAAUGUACAUUCUGAUGUUACUGAUAAAACUUGCCACUUUGUUUCAGAAGUUAUGGAACUGACAUGCAAUUCUGAAUAUCCAUUAAAGCAAACUUAUUCAGAUACUUUUAAAGCUGUUCCUGGAAAAAAUUUUGUUAAUAGUAGUACUGCACAUUCUUCUACUGUCGAAAUGCCUAAAUAUGAUUGGCAACCUCUAGAGGAAACUUUUCUCAAGUCUUCCUCUAAAAAUGUCAGUACGAAUUUAAACUUUAAUUUAUGCCAUCAAGUUAAGAAUACAGAUGAAAUGUUUACUCUUGGUACUGGAAGCCACAAUGAAUUGAAGAAUAAAAAUACAGAUAUAUACAGUAACAAAGAAAACUUCAAACCUUUUUCUUUUGCUUCAAAAUGUGAUUUAAAAUAUUUAACGAUAUCAACACAAGAAUAUUAUAAAAGGAUGGACAGAAAUGCAACCUUAAACUUGGAGCAUAUUUCUGCUUUUAAAUUAUCUAAUCUUGAUUCUAAUCAAACUGGAAUAAUAGAAAAAAAUGAUAGAAAUACUGAUUAUUUAACAUCAGAUCUAAUGGAAUUAACUUGUAAUUUUAAAAAUUCACUUAAGGAAUCGUCUGUGAUGUAUGAUAGUGUUGAAAAUAUUGCUUCAGAAAGUUCUAGUAUUAAUAUGGAGAGCACUUGUGCAUCUGCUUCUUCCCUGAAUGAACUUGCAGAAGAACCUUUGCACAAAAGUUUUAAUCAAACUGCCAAAAAUGCUGAUUUAGGUAAAAAUAGCUUGCAUUCCUCAAAUCACCUAAAUGUAAUUUGUAAUAUAGAUGACAAAUAUGUACCAUUAAAUUCAAACAAAGGGUUUUUGUUUGAUGGCAAGAGCUGUAUAAAAUCAAAGAAAAGUUUUGACAGAAUGAUUACUAAAGAGAGUCCCAGAUUUGAGCCACAUAUUUCAAGAAUAGAGAAUCUAAUGCAAUCUCAGGAAAAUGAAAAUGACUUAGUAAAAAAUCCCACUGUAAUGUCUCGCUUGAAAGCAAUUAACUCAUCAGCAUUGUCAUUAGAUACUAGUACAGAUGAAAUUCAACAAAGCAGUAAAAAUUUUUCAUAUGAUAUCAAUGAUAAGAAUACUCAUUAUUUUACAUCAAAUAUGAUGGACCUGACUCAUAAUACUGAAGCUUCAUUUAAACAGUCUCCCACAGGAAUUAAGAAUUACUUAAAGAAUAUGAUUUCAGCAAGUUCUUUGCAGUGUAGCAAGCACUUAUGUGCUAGUUCCAAUUUUACUGGUUCACCAGUUCAGGAACUUCAAAAAACAGGAAUAGAAUCUUUUUGUAGUAACUUUAAUUUAAGUGCUAGAAAUGGGGAUCAGAAACUAAUGAUUAAUAAUUCUGAAAUACAUUCACAAAUUCCGUUUGUACCUGUUUAUGACAUAAAGACUCAGCCUACAGCAUUGAACUCAAAUAAAAAUAUAUUUGAUUUAGAUGCCGACAUUAGCACAGAACUGAAGAAAACUGCAUAUUAUGUUAGUUUGAAAGAACAGUCAGAUUCUGUACCAGAUAUCUCAGGAGUUUCUAUGAGAUGCUCAAUGGAAUCUAAAGGAAAUGAAGAAGCUGGUAAGGUGAAUGGAAGUAUGGUCUCAAAUUCGAAAUUUGUUAAGUUAUUAGGCAUUGAUAGUAAUUGCAGUCACAUCAGUAACACUAAAGAAAAGAGUGAUAUAUCUGUUCAUGUUAAUAACUCUGAUAAAAAUACUUUAUACUUUACUUCGAAUCCUAUGGAAUUAACUUGCAAUUCUGAAAAUUCUGUUGAAGAAUUUUCCACAUGCUAUGGUACUUUAGAAGCAAUCAAUUCAAAAGAAUCAUUUAAUGUAACUAAAGAGCAGAAUAAGCAUCUGUCUAUAAAUCCAAAUAAAGCUAUGUUGUUUUGUAAUUCCAACAAUACUAAAUUUGUAAAAAGUUCAGAUAUUAACAUUCAAAAUGAAACUUUAAAAACAGAUCUAGAUUCUCGAUCAAAAUGUCAUAAAAAGCAAUCAGAUGAGACAACAGAUGUGAUGCUAAACAUGAAAUUACUUCCAGCUGAUACUAGUUUUAAUGCAAGUAAUAAAAAUACAUGUUAUUUUACCUCAGAGUUUGUGGACUUGACAUGUAAUUUUAAGAAUCUGUCUGAGCAUUCUGCUGUGAAUCAUCGUGAUAAUACCCAGGACAAUACCUCUUCUAGAAAAAGCUAUCAGUCUGAGCAUUCUGCUGUGAAUCAUCAUGAUAAUACCCAGGACAAUGGUAUAGUUGAUAAAAAUACAUGUUAUUUCUCUUCAGAUCCUAUGGCAAUGACGUGCAAUUCUGAAAAUUUAGCUGAGCAUUUAGAUGCAAGUGAAUAUAGCAUUCAGAAUAUCUCUUCUGAAAAAAGUAAUAAGAGCAUAUGCUUGUCUCAUAAUUCAUUUUCAAAUGAUUUACCAGUAGCUGAAACUAGAAGAGUAAGUCCUAACAGCAGAGUAUCUUUGAAAGACUGUUCUGACUUCAUUUCAAAACAUACAGAACCUAAAUCUGAGACUACACUACAGAAUUAUAAUUUAAAUGGCCAAAUUUCCAAUGCUCAAUGCAUGGAUCAAAGCAAUCAAGCAAAAAUUUCAGAUGAAAAGCUUGAAUAUGUUGAAAACAGUGCAGUGGGGAUAAAAAAUUCAGAUGUUAAAAUUAGAGAAGAAAAUUCUUUUCAGCAAUUAUCAAGUUAUGAUAAUUUCAAGAAUGUAUCUUUAAAAACUGACCGUUUUACUUCAGACAAGUCUGUAACACCUAUUGCAAAAAAUUACUCUGAGAAAUUUCAAAUGUUUGCUACUCACUCUAGACAAAAAAGAUCAUACUCUCCUUGUAACAAAAAUAGGAGCAUAUUAAAGCCUGAAGUUUCAUGCAAUCAUUUUGAAGAAUCUAAUAAUAGUAUAGAUCUACAUGCUGGUUCCUCCUUAUCAGGUGCAUUAGUUCCUGAAAUCCCAGAAACAGAGAAGUCUACAAAGAGGAUUAGAUAUACUUUUACUCAGAAUGAAAAUAUCAAAUCGAAGACUAUAAAUGAGAAUUCUAACUGUUAUGAGACACAGCUUGAUGAAGUUUUUAAUCUAAAGGAUAAUAACCUGCUAAUACAUUCCAACAAUAAAAUUUUUCCUUGUGAAGUUAAAAAUGAUAAUGGAUUCACAGAAGCAUGUGAUACAAUUCUCAAAGAAAAGUGUAAAACUGCAUCUGAUCUGGCACCCCUGCAACAUAAGCAGUCUAGCGUUAUAAAUGCAAAUGCCAUACAUAACUUUAAGCAUGCUGAAAUUCCUGAUAGGCUAUCCUUAGAUGUUGAAGUUCGUGGUCAUGACAUUUCCUUAAGUUUACAUACUAUGAAUGAGGAACUGCCAGCUGAAGAAUAUAGUUCAAAUUGUAUAAGAAACAUAUCUAAAACUAGUAUAUCAGAUAUACCCAAUAAUCAAGUGUUGUACAAAUGUAACAAAAAUUCUUAUAAUUUACCUUUAUAUAUAAGACUCAAAAGGGAUUCAAUUCAAAAGGAAACUCUUUCAGAUGAGAAUCUUUCUUUAAGUUCAAAUAUACCAAAUCUUACAAGACUAGAAUCUCGAUUUUUGAAACCAAUCAAUCCAUUACAAACUGGCAUAUUAUAUACCAUUAAGAAAAUGAAAAAUUAUCCAGAUAUUAAGAAAAAGAUAAGUGAUGUAUAUUAUUUUCCAGAAAAUGUGUUUUCAGGCAAAAAAGAAUUGAGGUUAAAAUUGCCAAAUGUUUGUCUGGAAGCCAGAACUUCUAAUGUUAAAAGUGAUUCUUUUCAAUUCCAAGAUCAAUCACUUGUAAAAAGAAAAAGUUUUGCCAUUUUUACAGAAUGCACUUCUCAUUCAUCACAGGGGUCUAUACAUGCCAGCAAAGAAACCGCUAAUGUUGAGUCUCAUAUAACAUGCAUAAAUACUGAUGCCUAUAAAAAUGAUUCUGAAAUUCAUAAGCAGUAUGAAGUUGCAUCUUAUAGUAAUGGGGUAAAGAAAUAUGAACAGUGCUUAAGCAAUGACAGUACAUUACACAAUGGUAAAAUUCUAAGUGUUCCCAGAAUAGAAUUACCUACCUCAUAUGAAUUUAGUACAACCCUGAAAAAAGAUUCUAAAACAUUUCAAGCAGUAAGUUCUUUUGAAAAUAAUUGUGAGGAUUCUCUUGAAUUACUCCCAGAUUCUAUAUUAGAAAGCAGCAUUUCUGUAAAUACAAUCUACUCUCGGAAAACUGCAGUGAGUACUUAUGAUGAAAAUUCAUUUUUAAUUAAAAGAACUGUUGCAAGUGAGGAUCAUUUGGAAAUGAGUGCAAAGAAAAUAGUGAGUGCAUCACGAAUUAGCACAGUAAAUUCAAAUUUGUUAGAAAAUUCAAAAUUUUUAUUGUCUUCUGUUACAUCUUAUAAACAUCCCACAAAUGAAUUGUCUAAAUUUCUUCAUACAACUCCAUGUGCAAAGGAUGCAGAUUUAUCAGCUAAUCUAAAUAAUCGUAUCAUAAAGAAAAAACUGUCAUUUGUUGAAUGUGAUCUUAAUGACAGCAAGCUACAAAGCAUUACAAAACUUAAUUUUUCACCAACCAAAUCCUCCGUGCAUGCAGAUUGUUCAGAAUCUGCAUUGCUAAAUAUGAGAACCAAUGAAAAAAACAUUGAGAUGAUAUGUACUCAUCUUGUACCCAAAGUGAAAAAAAUUGAUGUUCUCAGUUCAGUAAAUGCAGUUCCAGAUGUUAAUGUAACAUUAACCACAGAUACGAAAAGUUCACUUGGUAUUAAAAAUGAUAGUGAUCAAGAGGAUUUUCAAACUCUUUCUACAAAAUUCAACAUUUUACUAACAAGAUUUUCAGCAGGUACCAUUAGCUCUGAAUUUGAACUGCUGAAUACAGAAAGUCAAGCAAAUAUUGGAAAGACAUGCAAUCAACUUGCAUCAGAAGCUAAAAAUUUUGAGCUUCAUAAUUCAGUAAAUACAACCCCAGAUGUUAAUGUGGCUCCAAUCACAUGUGCUAAUGAAGUAGAUCUGAAUAGCAGUAGUAGUGAGAUACAAAACCUUCAGCUUCUUUCUACAAAACCCACUUUUUUACCAACUAGGCCUUCAACAAAUAGGAUUUGUUCCAACUCUGAAGUACCUGAUAUAGAUGUUAGUCAAUUACAUGUUGGAAUGACAGGCAAUCAAUCUGCAUCAGAAGCACACAAUUUCAAGCUGUAUAAUUUAAGUAAUGCAAUCCCGGAUGAUACUGUGGAUCCAACUUCAGAUAUUGACUGUGCACUUCUUUCUAGGAAUGACAGUGAGUUAAAUAAGGAAGUUAAUGAUGCAAAGAUUGAAAUUUCAGACAGUCAGUUUGUCUCUGAAGUAAAAAAAAAUGACACCCAUGAAUCAAAUUGUACAGUUCCAGCUUUGGCUGCAGAUGUUGAUAAUCUAACCAAAAAUCCAGACAUGGAAAGGCCUUUUAGAACUAGCAUAGUGUCAUCAAAUGGAUCAAGUGAUGCUGAAAUUUCUUGUUUAAUUAAAGCAACUUCUUCCAAUAUUUGCAAUGAAACUAAUUUGAAGGGUAAUAAAACUGAAGUUAAGAAGAAUAGUAGUUCUUGCAUAGAUCACAAUGAAGAAAAUGAACGAAAUCAACAGAAGAAUAAAACAGAACUAAGGGCAGAAAGCAAUUCUUGUGCAAGUUCCAAUGAAGGAAGUUAUAUUUGUACAGUUCCAGCUUUGGCUACAGAUGUUGAUAAUCUAACCAAAAAUCCAGACAUGCAAGGGCCUUUUAGAACUAGUAUAGUGUCAUCAAAUGGAUCAAGUGAUGCUGAAAUUUCUUGUUUAAUUAAAGCAACUUCUUCCAAUAUUUGCAAUGAAACUAAUUUGCAGGGUAAUAAAACUGAAGUUGAGAAGAAUAGUAGUUCUUGCAUAGAUCACAAUGAAGAAAAUGAACAAAAUCAACAGAAGAAUAAAACAGAACUAAAGGCAGAAAGCAAUUCUUGUGUGAGUUCCAAUGAAGGAAGUUAUAUUUGUACAGUUCCAGCUUUGGCUAAGGUUGAUAAUCUAACCAAAAAUCCAGAGAUGCAAAGGCCUUUUAGAACUAGUAUAGUGUCAUCAAAUGGAUUAAGUGAUGCUGAAAUUUCUUGUUUAAUUAAAGCAACUUCUUCCAAUAUUUGCAAUGAAACUAAUUUGCAGGGUAAUGAAAUUGAAGUUAAGAAGAAUAGUAGUUCUUGCAUAGAUCACAAUGAAGAAAAUGAACGAAAUCAACAGGAGAAUAAAACAGAACUAAGGGCAGAAAGCAAUUCUUGUACGAGUUCCAAUGAAGGAAAUUAUAUAGAUGAAGAAAAGUGCACAGCAUUAACAAAAAAAAGUGUUGAAAAUCAAAGUUUAGAAUCUGUAGACAGAAUGAAAUGUAAACUAACACAAUUUCCCUUAGCAGGUAAACGAUAUUGGAUGCUAAGAGCACUAGAUGAAAAGCAAGCUUCAUUUCAUUUAACAUGGGGAAACUGGUUGUAUAAAUGUCAAUUAUUAAUCCUAAUUCCCUGUGAGCAAAGUGUUUCUAAUGGAUCUCAAAUAUCUUUCCAUCGACUUGACUCUGAGUGCCGUGUAAGAAACCUAGGCCAUGAAUUAUUCCUCUGUCAAAAGAAAAAUACUUCAAUUUUACCACCAGUAAAUUCUGAGAAAAUUCUGAAGGUAAGAGUAUCUGCUGCAUAUUUGAUGUUCUUUCCAAACCUCUUUUUAAAUGUAAUAAAGGAAUUUUCUAUAUCAUGA